AUGUACUACCCAACUUUGGAUCAGGUCCGCGCCCUGGCCGGACAGGGCAACCUGUGCCCGGUCUACCGCACCAUCAACGCCGACCUCGAAACUCCCGUGUCGGCCUACCUUAAGGUCGCGCGGCCGCCCUAUUCCUUCCUGCUGGAAUCGGUGGCCGGCGGCGAGCGCAUCGGCCGCUACAGUUUCAUCGGCACCGAGCCCUACGACGUUUUCAGCACCGGCGCCGACCAGCCCUCGGGCGCGGUCGACCCGCUGACCCUGGUGCAGCGGGAGAUGGACUCCUUUCAGCUUGUCCCCGUGGAGGGUCUGCCCCCGUUUCACGGUGGCGGAGUGGGCUACGUCGCCUAUGACGCGGUGCACUACUUCGAGCCUCGUGUUCCCAUGCUGGACGUCGACCCCCAGGGCCUGCCGGAAUCCGUGUUCAUGUUCACCGACACUCUGCUGGUGUUUGACCACCUGCGCCACGACAUCAAGGUGGUCAGCCAUGUCCGGCUGGACGGCGGCGACAUCGCUGAGGCCUAUGACGCGGCUACCGCCAAGGUCGAGCGCAUGGUGGACCGCCUCGCUCGGCCCCUGGAAAUCCCGCCCGAAUUGCUGGCAACACCGUCCCUCCCGGCCGGCGGCGAGACCCAGUCCAACUUCACCGUGCCCGAGUAUGAGGCCGUGAUCGACAAGUGCAUCGAGUACAUCUAUGCCGGCGACGUCAUCCAGGUGGUGAACUCCCAGCGGUUCAGCCGGCAUACCGACGCCCACCCCUUCCAGGUGUAUCGCGCCCUGCGCGGCAGCAACCCGUCCCCCUACAUGUACUACCUCGAUCUCAACGGUUUUCAGAUUGUCGGCGCUGCCAUCGAGACCGUGGCGACAGUCCAUGAUGGCACCGUUUCCACCCACCCCAUCGCCGGCACUCGUCCGCGGGGGCAGACCCCUACCGAAGAUGCCGCUCUCGAAGAGGAACUGAAGGGCAGCGAGAAACAGCAGGCCGAGCACAUCAUGCUGCUCGAUCUCGGCCGCAAUGACAUCGGCCGCGUCAGCAUCCCCGGCACCGUCAAAGUCACCCAGUACAUGGACGUGGAGCGUUUCUCCCACGUGAUGCACCUGGUGUCCCACGUGGACGGCCAGCUCCGGUCCGACAUGACCCCCUACGACGCCCUGCGCGCCUGCUUCCCCGCCGGCACCGUCUCCGGCGCGCCCAAGAUCCGUGCCAUGGAGAUCAUCGCCGAGGUGGAGCAGGAGCGACGCGGACCAUACGGCGGCGCGGUGGCCUACUUCAGCUACAACGGCAACAUGGAUACCGCCCUCGUGCUGCGCACCGGCGUCUUCAAGGACGGUGUCAUGUACGUGCAGGCCGGCGGCGGCGUGGUCGCCGACAGCAUUGCCGAGGAUGAAUACAUGGAGACCCGCCACAAAUCCGGCGCCAUGAUGCGCGCCAUCGACGUUGCGGAGGGCGCAGUCUAA